GGCCCGGCUCGCGCGUCCUGCAGGGUUUGUGAUGGGCAUCUCCCAGGCGACGGACUCCGCACCAAGAUGGCGGAGGAAAAGGACCGGGAGGGUACAGAGGCAACAGCGAUAGAACUUCAUAAGAAGAUCAAAGAUGCAUUUGAAGUAUUUGACCAUGAAGGAAAUAAUACAGUAGAUGUGAGAGAAAUUGGGACGAUCAUCAGGUCAUUAGGGUGCUGCCCUACUGAAGGGGAACUGCAUGAUUUCAUUGCAGAGGUAGAGGAAGAAGAACCCACUGGAUACAUUCGAUAUGAAAAAUUUCUUCCAGUGAUGACCAAAGUGCUUCUGGAAAGAAGAUUCAGGCCAAUUGCUGAAGACAUCCUUUUACAAGCUUUUGAGGUUUUGGAUCCAGCUAAACGUGGGAUUCUGACUAAGGAAGAGCUGGUCAAGUACAUGACUGAGGAAGGUGAGCCUUUUUCUCAAGAGGAAAUGGAAGAAAUGUUGUCUGCUGCAAUUGAUCCCGAAUCAAAUGCCAUUAAUUACAGGGACUACAUAUCAAUGAUGGUGGUAGAUGAAAAUUAAAUGCUCCAGAGACUCAAUUUCUUUUUUUUCCUUUUAAGACACUGUAAAGACUCAAUUUCUAAUUCAAAGAAUACUUUGAAAAAAUUGCCUGUCCUAAUUAAUUUCACAUUUUUAUCUUAUAAUUUCUAUGUUUAGUGCCUCAUGACAUAAUUGUUUCAAGAUAUUUUGUUUUCAAGAGUGAUCAAUUUAAAACAUAAAUUUAUUUGAUAUGAUCAGAUUUAUGGAAGGAAAAGCUGGUAAUUUAAAAGGAAUUGUACAAUAUUUUA